CUUUCCACUCCAAUUUUUCCAACACACUCUCUCUCUCUUUCUCUAUCUCUCUACGCGCUACGCUCACUUCGCCCCUUUCCUAGCCGCCGAUUUCCCGCCGGCGGCAGUACUACGCAGCCGGGGUCUCUCGGCACCCGCUGGUCGACGCAGCCGACGGCGGCCUCCAAGUGCAUUGCCUCUGAGCUUUCCGCGACUGAGUUUUCUGUAUUUCCUCGCUUUUUGGAGAAUUACUGGGAUAGCUGCUUUCGUAGUUGGCAAGUGUGAUUGUGGAUUUCUUACAUUGGGAUUUGUUAAAGCAGAGCGUUGAUUGGUUUCCGUGGAUUGUUUCAUUGGUAGAUUUAACUAACUGUGUUGAAGCUGAAACUGAUGAAGCUUUUGGAAAUUCUGGUAUCUGGAUUUUUCUUUCCACGCCAGUCUCAGUGAUGGGUUGUGUUUAUUCCAGGGCCUGCAUUGGUGAGAUAUGCGCGCCUAAAGAUGUCAGGGUUAAACAAACUGAAAAUGUCAGGGCUGUCUCACCCGAUUCUUCGGAUGGGGAAGGAGGAGAAUUUAGAGACCAAUUGAAUCAGCUUGGUAUAACUAGGGAUCCUGAAGUGGGUAUCACCAGGCUUUCUCGGGUUUCAGCACAAUUUCUGCCUCCAGAAGGAUCACGGACAGUUAAGGUCCCGUCAGGGAACUACGAGUUACAUUACUCGUAUUUAUCUCAAAGAGGUUAUUACCCUGAUGCCCUUGAUAAAGCUAAUCAAGAUAGUUUUUGCAUCCACACUCCAUUUGGGACAAACGCCGAUGACCAUUUCUUUGGGGUUUUUGAUGGCCACGGAGAAUUUGGAGCUGAAUGCUCCCAAUUUGUCAAGCGGAAGCUAUGUGAAAAUUUGCUUCGGAAUAGUCAAUUUCAUGGCAAUGCAGUUGAGGCAUGUCAUGCUGCAUUCUUAGCAACAAAUUCACAGUUGCAUGCUGAGAGUUUGGAUGAUAGUAUGAGUGGGACAACUGCUAUUACCAUAUUGGUUCGUGGUAGGACACUUUAUGUAGCUAAUUCAGGUGAUUCUAGGGCUGUUAUAGCUGAGAGAAGAGGGGAGGAUAUUGUUGCAGUUGACCUAUCAAUAGAUCAAACUCCAUUUAGGGCUGAUGAACUUGAACGGGUUAAGCUCUGUGGAGCUAGAGUUCUCACUCUGGACCAGAUUGAAGGGCUGAAGAACCCUGAUGUUCAGUGUUGGGGUACUGAAGAAGGUGAUGAUGGUGAUCCUCCUAGACUUUGGGUUGAAAAUGGGAUGUAUCCUGGUACAGCUUUUACCAGAAGUAUAGGUGAUUCAAUUGCAGAGACAGUUGGCGUUGUUGCAAACCCUGAAAUUGUUGUUUUGGAGCUUACACCACAGCAUCCUUUCUUUGUAAUUGCCAGUGAUGGGGUGUUUGAGUUCCUUUCUAGCCAAACUGUGGUUGACAUGGUUGCUAAAUAUAAGGAUCCACGUGAUGCCUGUGCUGCAAUUGUUGCUGAGUCAUAUCGACUUUGGCUGCAAUAUGAAACUCGUACAGAUGAUAUCACUGUGUUAGUUGUUCAUAUUAAUAGGUUAAAUGAUACUGCAGUUGGCCACUUAGCAACUCCAGGUACCAUUUUACAACCACCCAUCCCUCAAGUUGUAGAGGCUACGGGAUCAGAGUCUCCAUCAACCAUGAAUUGGAGUGCCAGGACAAACCGUGCCAGGCAUGAGCUAUCACGGGCACGUCUACGUGUUAUUGAGAGCUCUCUAGAGAAUGGGCAAAUGUGGGUUCCUCCAGCUCCAGCCCACAGGAAGACCUGGGAAGAAGAAGCACACAUUGAACGAGUAUUGCAUGAUCAUUUUCUAUUCAGAAAACUCACUGAUUCUCAGUGUCACGUUUUGCUGGACUGCAUGCAAAGAGUUGAGGUUCUACCAGGGGAUGUUAUAGUAGAACAGGGUGGUGAAGGGGACUGUUUUUAUGUCGUUGGCAGUGGAGAAUUUGAAGUCUUGGCAACCCAGGAAGAAAAAGAUGGGGGAGUACCAAGGAUUCUGCAGACAUAUACAGCUGAAAAAUUAUCAUCCUUUGGGGAGUUGGCAUUAAUGUAUAACAAACCACUCCAGGCUUCUGUCCGGGCUGUGACAAGUGGAACUCUUUGGUCUUUAAAAAGAGAAGAUUUUCGUGGAAUUCUUAUGUCAAAAUUUUCAAACUUAUCGUCAUUGAAGUUGCUUCGAUCCGUAGACCUCCUCUCAAGGUUGACAAUCUUGCAGCUGAGUCAAAUUGCUGAUUCUCUCUCCGAAGUUUCCUUCUCCAAUGGGCAGACUAUAGUUAAUAGGGAUGAGCUUCUCCUAGGGCUGUAUAUUAUCCAGAAAGGACAAGUUAGAAUUACAGUUGAUGCAGAAGUAAUUUACAAACCAAACACCGGCAGUCUCAUGGGGGACAACUGGAAGCAGGAUAAUGAUACGCAGAACAAUAAAGAGCUUCUUGUGGAGAAGGCUGAGGGAAGCUAUUUUGGUGAAUGGACACUUCUUGGUGAGCACAUUGGGUCAGUGAAUGCAGUUGCUUUGGGCAAUGUCGUAUGUGCUGUUUUAACAAAAGAAAAGUUUGAUUCUGUCGUUGGUCCUCUAGCAAAGCUAUCACAGGAUGAGCACAAGUCAAGGGACUAUUCUUUGGGCUUGUCCAAGGAAUCUAGAAGUAUUGAUCCUUCCACUCUUGGGAAGGUGAAGCUCUCUGAUAUGGAGUGGAGAAAGUGCUUAUAUUCCACAGACUGCAGUGAGAUUGGGCUUGUACUUCUGAGAAACUCGGAAAAUUUGCUUAGCUUGAAGAGGUUUUUGAAGCAUAAAAUUAGAAGUCUUGGAAAGGAAGCACUGGUUUUAAAAGAGAAGAACCUGAUGAUGAGCAUAAGCCCUUCAGCUGGUGUGCCACAAGUUUUAUGCACUUGUGCUGAUCAAACAUAUGCUGGCAUACUGUUGAACACACGCAUUGCUUGCCCAAUUGCUUCAAUACUUCGCACCCCACUUGAUGAAGCAUCUGCACGAUUCUGUGCUGCCUCUGUUGUCACAGCUUUAGAAGCUUUGCACGAGAAUGGGGUUCUUUACAGAGGUGUAUCUCCUGAUGUCCUAAUGUUUGACCAAACCGGACAUUUACAGCUUGUGGACUUCCGAUUUGGGAAGAAGUUAUCAGGUGACAGAACAUUCACAUUAUGUGGGAUGGCAGACUCCUUGGCUCCAGAAAUAGUACAGGGAAAAGGCCAUAGUCUUCCUGCAGAUUGGUGGGCAUUAGGAGUCUUGACAUAUUUCACGCUAGUAGGUGAGAUGCCCUUUGGAUCAUGGAGAGAAAAUGAGCUCGAUACAUUUGCAAAGAUUGCAAAAGGCCAGCUAACUCUGCCCCAUACCUUGAGCCCUGAGGCUGUUGAUCUCAUCACCAAGUUACUCGAAGUUGAUGAAAACAUGAGACUAGGAAGCCAAGGUGCCGGCUCAGUCAAAACUCAUCCAUGGUUUGAUGGUGUUGAUUGGGAAGGGAUCGCCAACAGUAGCUUCCCUGUUCCACAGGAGAUUCUCUCUCGUAUAACUCAACACCUAGAAAGCCAUUCCGAGGACUCUGGAGCUCCUCACUGUUCACCACCCCGUGACGUUGAAGAACUUAACAAUGCAGAAUGGCUUGAAGACUGGUAAGCGAAUGCUUGGCAUCGUUUCUCUACUCAAACUUUUCAGCCCGGUUUCUCCCUUCCCGUCACAGUUGAUCCAUCUGAGGCUGCUCUUUCGAAUCCAUGAGAUUCAAUGGAGAAGAGGAGAGCAACUCCGAUGGAAUUCCCGGUGACUGAAUUUGAUGGUGCCAGCAACCCUAAUUCCUUGGGCGCUUAUUCCUACCUAGUCAUUUUAACAAAGCUUAAUAGAGGUGAGUGGGUAGAUUUUCUUCUUACUUGUUUGCUCUUAGCUUUGUAAAUACGUAUACAUGUAAAUGAGCUCUUCCUCAUUGUUGAGGUUGGAAAACUUGGCUCUUGAUUGAUUGCAAGGUUGGCAUAGCUCAAUGAAACUUCUCAAUUAUACUUU